GAAUUUUGAACUUAAAACAAAUAUAAAAAAACCUUUUGUUGCUGCUGGGAGUUCAAUUUUCGAGAAAAAAAUGAUAGGGGUGACUUUACAAGAAUGUCGACAUAUAAGCUGGAUCCCGAAUUUGUAGUGUAUUCUAUUUAUCUCGUUCUUUACCUGAUUUUUGUGCGUUUUAUGUGGCAAGAAGAAAUAGAGGAAAAAUUUUCGAAAAUGACGGGUGAUUUACUUCAUAAAAUGGGCGCCAGAGUAUGGAUUCCCCAUCCAGAAAGCGAGUGGGAAACGGCUGAACUGAAGGAAAACUACACUACCUCCAAGAAGACCCUAGAUGUAAUCACCGCGAAUAACGAGACGAAGACGCUGACCGUUAAAAAUGAGGAAUCGCUGCCACACUUACGGAAUCCCGCUCUCUUGAUAGGUGGAAACGAUCUCACCUCUCUGUCUUACCUCCACGAACCGGCCGUCCUCUACAACCUGCAGGUGAGGUUCUGCGAGCAGAAGAACAUCUACACCUACUGCGGUAUCAUUUUAGUGGCCAUAAAUCCCUAUGAUGAUCUUCCUAUUUAUGAUCUCGACACGGUGGAGGCCUACAGAGGUCACGCCAUGGGCGACUUGGACCCACACAUCUUCGCAGUGGCCGAAGAAGCUUACACCAAGCUGGAGAGAGAACAGAGAGACCAAAGUAUCAUAGUAUCUGGAGAGAGUGGAGCAGGAAAGACUGUAUCCGCGAAGUACAUCAUGAGGUAUUUUGCUACAGUUGGAGGUAAUGCGAUAGAAACCCAGGUGGAAAAGAAGGUUCUGGCCAGCAGUCCUAUCAUGGAGGCCAUGGGCAACGCAAAAACAACAAGAAAUGACAACAGUUCGAGAUUCGGUAAAUUUAUCGAAUUGCAAUUCAGCAACCAAUUGCUCAUUUGUGGAGCUUCAAUGAGGACGUAUCUGCUGGAAAAAUCCAGAGUUGUUUUCCAAUCCAAGGGUGAGCGAAACUACCACAUCUUCUACCAACUAUGCUCUGCCAGGAAUGAGUUUCCAGAACUUCAUUUAGAUCACCAGGACAAAUUUUACUACCUGAACCAGGGAAAGAGUUCACUUAUCGAAGGUGUGGAUGAUUACGAAAGAUUCCAAGAAAUGGUAACGGCUCUGAAAACUCUAGGGUUUUCCGAAGACGAGAAAAUCGGAAUUUUCAAAAUUUUGGCUGCUCUGUUACAUUUGGGAAACCUCAAAUUCGAGGAUGCCAUCAUAAAAAUGGGAGAUGAAGAGGAUAUGGAAGGCUGUGUUAUAGCGGAAGACCACCACUUCAAGGCCUUAACCGACCUUCUGGAAGUGAACGCAGAAGAACUCCGCCAAUGGCUCUGCAUCAGAAAGAUAGUCUCAGUCCGGGAGAUCUUCCUCAAACCGAUGUCAGUGGAGAGCGCCAAAGCUGCCAGAGACGCUCUGGCCAAACACAUCUACGCCGAGUUAUUCGACUGGAUAGUGCUCAUCUUAAACUGCGGCCUUGAAUCCCACAUGCCCAGGCACAAGUUCAUAGGCGUCCUCGACAUCUACGGUUUCGAAACUUUCGAACUCAACUCCUUCGAACAAUUCUGCAUCAACUACGCCAAUGAAAAGUUGCAGCAGCAGUUCAACCUGCACGUGUUCAAGCUGGAGCAGGAAGAGUAUGUUAAAGAGGGCAUCGAGUGGAAGAUGAUAGACUUCUAUGACAACCAGCCGUGCAUAGAUUUGAUUGAGGUUAAGUUGGGGAUCUUGGAUCUACUCGACGAGGAAUGUAGAAUGCCCAGGGGGACAGAUAGUUCAUGGACGGAAAAAUUGUACAUGAAAUGUGCAAAAUAUUCUCACUUCGGAAAAGGAAAAUUCGGUAGGACCGCUUUCACCAUUAGCCACUUUGCCGGAAAAGUCGAAUAUGAAAGCAGCGGGUUCUUAGAGAAAAACAGAGACACAGUUAUUGAGGAACAAAUCAACGUCAUCAAGCAGAGUAAAAGCAAACUGGUCAGCAGACUAUUUUGCUCAGACGCUCAAAAACAAGCAAACCCCGGUACCAAAGUCAAAAUAAUACCAUCCAAACCGAAAUCUGGUGUUCAGAAAUCCCACAAGAAGACAGUCGGUUACCAAUUCAGGGACUCGCUGACAAGGCUCAUGGAAACCUUGAACGCCACAACACCUUACUACAUCAGAUGUAUAAAACCCAAUGACGACAAACGCAAAUUUGAAUUCAACCCUAAGAGAGCUGCUCAACAACUCAGGGCAUGCGGUGUCCUAGAGACCAUAAGGCUUUCUGCAGCCGGCUUCCCCAGUAGAUGGAGCUACAACGAAUUCUUCUGCCGAUACAGGGUGCUCUGCAAAUUCAAGGAUGUCGAUAAGAACAACAUGGAGAGAACUUGCGAGAAGAUCAUACAUCAGUACAUCAAAAAUUCCGAUAUGUACCAGUUCGGUAAAACCAAAAUAUUCUUCAGAGCUUCGCAGGUUGCUUACCUUGAGACCCUCAGGAGCGAGAAGCUGAAGAGGUGCUGUAUCAUCAUGCAGAAAACUGUGAGAGCCUUCAUCGCGAAGAAGAAGUUCUUGAGGAUCAAGAAGUCUGUUAUGUUACUACAACGUUACGGUAGAGGCUACCUUGCAAGAAGGUUGGCAACGAGCAUCCGAAGAGAACGAGCUGCAAUUAUGAUGCAGAAACACAUCAGAGGUUGGUUACGAAGAGUCCACUACAAUAGACUCAGAAAAUCUGUCAUAGGAAUUCAAACUUACAGUAGAGGUUACCUAGCUAGAUUAAGAUACUUAAAACUCAAAUAUAACGCUAAGGCCACCAUAAUACAGAAACAUUGGCGGGGAUGGUUGGCAAGGAAAAGAGCAAAUAAGAUAAGUAAGGACAUCGUUAUUUGCCAAUCGGCGAUCAGAAGAUUUUUGGCGAAAAAACAAUACAAAAAACUGAAGAUUGAAGCUAGAUCAAUUGAACACGUGAAAGCACUCAACAAAGGCUUAGAGAAUAAGAUCAUCAGCUUACAACAGAAGAUUGACGAAUUGAAUAAACAAUAUAAUGCUUUAGAAAAGAAUAACAAUAACUACACCAAAGAAAUCAAGGAUCUCAAGACCAAAAUGACAAGCUUCAAAGCUCUGGAAAUAGAAGUUAAGAAUCUGAACAAUUUGCUCAUAGAAAAAAAUAAAAAUAUAGACAAACUUGAGGAAAAGAUAAAAAUAGAGAUCGAAGAAAAGAUGGAUCUCGUACACGAGCGGGAAAAACUCAUUGACGAGAAGAGAAUAGAGAAGGAAGAAAAGUUAAAACUCGUAGAAGAAAUAGAAAAGUUAAAAGAAUUGAUUAAUACGAACGAGAAGAACAGUGAGAAGCAGUUGGAGAACCGUUUGGAGGAAGAGAAGAACCUGAUGAUUAACGAGAGAGACAGCGACAGACAGGCUUACCAGAGGCUGUUGCAAGAUUUCCACGAGAUGGAACAGCGUUAUGAGGAGUUGGAGAAGCAACAAGACACUAGGUCCAAUUCGCAUCAUAGAAAUAUUAGCGAUGUCAGCAGCAUCACCAAUCUAGAUAUUCCCGAAGAUCAUGGUUAUGGUUCGGUUAGAUCUGCCAGCUCAGCCUCUACCAAUAGGGAAAGAGUGGAUAAUAUAGACUGGAAAACUGAAGCGUCUCCAGAAAGCCGAACUCCAAGCUCAAACGAGAGCGACACUAGGAUAGACAGCGACCAAAAGAUCGACCUCGGCCUGGUGCUCAGGCUGCAACGCAAACUGGCUUCUGUAGAGCGAGAUAAGAUGCAUGUAGAGCGUCGCCUGGAAGAGCUGGACAACACUCCGAAGGUGACAGACGCCAUGAACGCCGCCAGAGAUUCUUUAAGAAUAUCAGAGUUGGAGAUGCAGAAUUCAACCCUCAAAACGCAACUGCUCGAACUCCAGAACAGCAUCAACGAAGGCACCGCCAAGGCCCAGCUUCUAGAGCAGCUCAAACUGGCCCAGAACGAGUUGGAGAGGAAGGCGGAGGAGAUCAUACAACUCAAGUGCGUCCUUGCUAGUCAGACGAAUAAUAUGAAGACUAUUGUCAAUUCUAAAUCUAGGAUAGGUGAAUACAUAAAUGAGGAUGGAGAACUGGCCUUAGCCUACGAAACUCAGAAGACAAUAAACAAACAAUUAGAGUUAGAACUACAAGAUGAAAAAGCCAAGUACAAAUCCUACGAGAAAGAGUACAAAUUAGAAAUAGCGAGACUUCGUGAUGACAACGAAAAACUACAGAAAGUCUUGUGCUCAAAUCUAGUCAAUAGUCAGCAAACUGAAAAUGAGCUAUACAUGCAGCAUGAAAUAACUAGGCUCACCAAUGAGAAUUUGGACCUCCUCAACCAAAAGGAUGCAAUAACCGAAAGCAAUAAGAAGAUGAAAAGACAAUACAAAUAUUUAACGAAGCGGUUCAAGGAUGCCGGAAUAGAAAUGGAAGAGUCGCAGAUAGAUAUGGCAACAAUGGAUAAUAAAGAUGUGGUUGUCAAUAAGCCUGUACGGAAGGUUUACGCUAUUAAGAGACAAGAAAGGGAAUAUCUUGGCAUGUUCUCUUUUCCGAGAGGCGAGCAGAAUAAUAUCAUGAAGAAUCUUGUUAUACAGCUCAAACCUAGGACGGCGAUCACACUGUUGCCAUGUCUACCCGCCUACAUAGUUUUCAUGUGCAUCCGUCAUACAGAUUUCAUAAACGAUGACGAGAAGGUCAAGAGUCUUAUUUCGGCUUUCACCAAUGCCGUCAAGAAAGUUGUGAGGAAAAGAUACGAAGACUUUGAAACAACAGUGCUUUGGCUGGCUAAUACUUUGAGGCUGUUGCACAAUAUGAAGCAGUAUAGCGGAGACAAAGCGUUCCAACACAAGAACACACCAAAACAGAACGAGAAAUGUCUAAGGAAUUUCGACCUAUCCGAAUAUCGGCAGCUGCUUUCGGACAUUGCUGUUUGGAUAUGUCAAGGUUCAAUAAGAAGUCUCAUAAAAACAGUAAAGGAUCAAAUCGUGCCAGCCGUUUUAGAACACGAAGAGAUCCAAGGUAUAAGCGGCAACAUUCCUGGAGCGAUGAGAGGCAGGAUGGGUAGCGUCACAACUCCCGGUUCUCCUUCACAGAAACCCAUUACGAUAUUGUUACAGGAACUAACCAAUCAUCACAAGAUAUUAACUUUUUAUGGAGUUGACGCCGAAGUCAUAUCACAGAUCUUCAGGCAAAUGUUUUACUUCUUGUGUGCUACAAGUCUGAACAAUCUGCUUCUGAGGAAAGAUUUGUGCCACUGGUCCAAAGGGAUACAGAUCAGACAUAAUCUUUCUCACUUUGAGAUGUGGAUCAGAGACAAAAAUUUAGACGAAACGUGUAUUCAUGCUCUCAAACCCAUAAUCCAGGCUGCGCAACUGUUGCAAGCCAGAAAAGAGGAAGAAAAGGACGUUAUCAGCAUCUGUGACAUGUGCAGCGAUCUAACUGGUCACAUGAUUUGCAAAAUACUCAAUCUAUACACACCGGUCGAUGAAUAUGAAAAGAGAAUCUCGAAAGGAUUUAUUCAGAAUGUGCAGGCGGAGUUAAAACGCAGACAUCAUCCAGAAGAGCCCCGUCUGAUGGAGGUCAACUUCCUAUAUCCAUUGAAGUUCCCCUUCAAUCCGUCGGAUAUUUGCUUCGAAAAGAUCGAAAUACCAGAGAUUUUAGACUUAGGUAUUUUAGAAAAAGUUUGAGUUCCUUGCCAAACUGCUUAUUUAACAAUAAUGCCAUUGUUUUGCCUAUUAUUUCUAUUUAAAAUGUUCGUUUUCACACCCUUUGGUGUUUUUAUUAAGUUGUAUAUGUUAUAUUUUGAUAUAAAAUCUUAAUUUUUCGAUAUUCUUCCAGUUUAUUCAUGAAUUAUUCAUGUAUUGAAUGGAAAUCUUUCCAAUUAGGACAUGCUUAGCUCAGUAGUUUCUAGAAAAAAUGUAUUUUUCUAAAGAAUUAGUGAAAACUUUUUCGCUUUAAUGGUUCAAUCAAAAAAUAUCACCACUAUUUCAGAAGAUGAAUAGUUUUAAUCUCAUUUAGAAAAUAAGAAAAAAGUACCUAACAAUCUAAAGGUUUUGAAACCAUAAAGCAACUGAGAAUUGGCUCUAAUAACAUACAUUAGUUGGAUUUCGAUAUAAAAAUUCUACUUCACAUCAAAAAAUUCAAGGAAUUUUUCGGUUUUUUCAAUUGAAACCUACAUCUCAACAAUUUUAUAACAGUUUAGAAAACCAAAAACUGAUCAACCUACUUCAAGGGGCCAGAAAAACUCAAUUUUUAAACAAAUUCGUUUUCAUUUGAAAAAGAAAUCUAAAGAGAAAAAAUCUACUGAUACAAAAGAAAGAAAAAGUUCAGGACACUAAAUUGAAACAACUUAAAAGCAAGGUAUAGAUAUUCUGAAGAGGCUACUUCACAGUUCACAAUUUAUCAAAGAAAAUACGCAAAAAAAUAUAAAAUACAAUAUUUGUUAGGGAAAUAAGCCAGCGAUUGAAAUGAACUGAUUAUUUGUAAACAAAUUGGUGUCCAUUCAUGAAAUUGUCAAUAAGGUACAUAAUGAUAUUUGUAUUUUCGUUCUCUUCCAAUACUCUCAAUUCUUAUAUUCGUGAGGAAAUACCAAAUGAUUAUAAUUCCUGGGCCAUGUACUUAGUGAUGAAGUUUCGUAUGUAUAUAUAAAUUAUUAGAUGUAUAAAUAGGAAAGGACAAUUUUGAGAUUGAAACUUGGACGUUUCAACAAUCUUAGUAGCUUUAGUUUCUUGAAUAAUGUAUACGUCCAAGAAAUAAAAAAUAUAAUUUCUCAAAGAGAUGUCAUCAUCAAUUAUAUACCUACCAAAUUUAUUUAUUUAGUUUUAAUCGUUGAAAAUGUGAAUGAGGGUGGUGAGAUUGUAAAGAAGACUGUUUUAUUUGCUGUGAAAUGUAUAAGAGUAUUCUAUUGGCUUGUUGAGUCUGAAGAAUUUUAUUGUGUUAACCAGUAAUGAAAAUAAAAUAUAUUUAUGAAA